AUGUUCAAGAUCGAUACUUCAGUCCCUAAAAGCAAAACUCCGUUGAGAAAAUCAGAAACCGAAUCAUGCUGGACUAAUUCAGUCAAGAAAACACUGAAUAUCGCGCUUGAAAGAAAGAGAAAUGCAGCUACAUGGAUAACAUCAGCCGCGGCCCUUGAUCUUUCCCCAUGCUGUCAUUCUCCAAACACUAUAGCUUUUGUGAAGAAAUUGAUUAAUUUAAGCCGUAAUCCUAAACCAAAAGCCCGAAUGGACCAGGGGAAGUACUCCAUCCGCGAUGCUGACUUGGUAACGUCAUUGCAGGACGAAGUAGAUAAUUGUUCUUGA